AUGUUCAACUGCUCAGCUGUUUAUGGUUUUGUAACAAUUAGUGUCAAUAGAUGUUUUGCUGUUGUGUAUCCACAGAAGAGAUUUUUCAAAAAACUAUCAUGGUGUUUCAUCUCAGCGGGUAUACAGUGGAUGCUGAGUUUUAUUUUACCUAUACCAAUUUUUUAUACGUGUUAUGAGGCGUUUAUGCAAGGUAAACUUCUAUGGACCCUGACAUGGAUAGGUCCCUAUGAGUUUUUCAUUGUAUUAGUAGUCCCUGCAGUUAUAUUUGCAAUUUCGAAUGGCAUCAUAUAUUUCACUGUACGAGCAUCCAGUCGUCGUGUUCACACCGUUGCAGCAAGCAUAUCGGGUAGUUCUACUACUGAAUGUUUAAGUUCACGAGACAUUCUUUUACUAAAACAUAUGGUUUUUGUUUUUAUCGUAUAUCUCACUGGAUGGUCACCAGUUUACAUUUCAGCAGCAGCUGGUGUAACUAAUGGUAUGCCAGCUUGGCUUUUCUAUCUCUUACAAUUACCAGCUGGAGUAAGUUUCAUGAUCCUUCUUCUGGAUCUGCUUUGGUACAAUCAUGAAGUCCGACAAUAUUUAAAAGAAAAAUUUGUCAGAUGGUUACAUAUACAAUGA